AUGGAUGACUCAACGCCAAAUCGCGGCAUUGUGGUGUUCUCCGGCGGAAGUGCAGCCAACAGCCUGGUCGACGCCUUCGACACCGUGAGGGCCAGCAAACAAUGCCUCCUGAACUACGUUAUUCCUAUAUCGGAUAAUGGUGGCUCUUCGUCAGAGUUAAUCCGAAUUUUUGGUGGACCUGGCAUUGGAGAUGUUCGAAGCAGACUGGUGCGAUUGAUACCAGACUCGGCGCCAAACUCAGAACGAGCUGCAAUCAAGGCUCUCUUCAAUCACCGGCUGAAUGCCGAUGCCACUGCUGCCAGAGAAAACUGGCAGUCCAUUGUCGAUGGCACCUCGUCUCUGUGGUCGUCCAUCACACCGGCCAAAAAGGAACUGAUAAGGUCUUUUUUCAAUUACUUGAACCUCGAGAUUCUAAAACGAGCCCGUCCGCCUACGUCUACGUUUGACUUCACCUCUGCGAGUGUUGGCAAUUUAUUUCUAACAGGCGCGCGACUCUUCACUGGCAGCUUUGAGAGCGCCAUUCACCUACUGGGAAGUAUAGGCGGAGUGCCAUCGGAUUUAGUCCGUGUGAUACCGGCCAUAAACUCGAAUUUCUCACAUCACAUAUCUGCAUCACUGGAAGACGAGUCCGUCAUUGUAGGACAGAACAGCAUUUCCCACCCGAGCAAUGCCCCCGGAUCGCCCAUACUGAACAGGAGGCCCAGUUUGCUGCUAGCGGACGGAGAUCCAGACGACUACGACUCUGAUUUCCUCGAAAUGGACGAUGCUACUUCCUAUCAGGACGAUCAUCUACCAGGUUCACUGCCCAGUUUGCGUUACAAGAAUAUCACCUUCAAUAAAACCGACACCGAGGAACUUCCCUGUCGCAUCUCACGCAUAUGGUACAUCAAUCCGUAUGGCCAGGAGAUUCGACCACCAGCAAAUCCACGCGUACUAGAAGCGAUCAACGACAGCCAAGCUAUAAUCUACAGUAUUGGCUCUCUAUAUACAUCACUUAUACCAUCACUUAUUCUGCGUGGCGUUGGUAAAGCUAUCGCCAUGAGUCCCGCACGGCACAAGAUCCUGAUUUUGAAUGGCUCUCUAGACAGAGAAACGGGUCCAUCAUCAAAACCAUUCACAGCCGUCGACUUUGUCGAAGCCGUUGUUAAAGCGGGUGAGGAGAGUCGCGGAAGGGGGGUUUCGAAUACAUUGCAACAGCGACAGCAACAACAUCAACGACCACAAGAUGGUGGCAAUUUUAGCAUGGACUCAAUCGUGGGCAGUUUAGCAGGCUCUACUACCACGAUUCAAUCUUCCAUGCCAUGUGUCAUCGAGCCACCGCCACCAUCUUCUUUAGAAAGCAAAAAGCCACUUCCUUAUACAUCGUAUGUAACACAUAUUCUGCACUUGGAGGGACCGGGAACGCCGACAGUGGACCGUGAACAGCUAUCUGCCAUGGGAAUUGAGACACUUCGUCUUUAUGGCCGCAAAAUAUUGGCAAACGAUGAUGAGCAGACCGUUUUGGGAAUCCGAUAUGAUCCUACAGCGCUCGUGCAGGCAUUGGAGGUUGUGCUAGGCAAGAAGGGGGAUGCAAUGCUUCGAGGGAAAUUGGGCGGAGGUGUUAGUAGGCGGAAUACCUUGGAAGGAAGUUGGAAAGAACGAUAUAGUAGUCAUGGAUAG